AUGGACGGCUUUAUCCGAGCGGGCAACCCAAAUGCUCAUCCAGAUCUUGCGUUUGCGGCUAUCAAUGAUGCCCAAGCUCGACCACCACUAACAUUUGUCGACCUCCGCCCCUUCGGUCCUGCAAUGGUCCUUGUCAGAAGCCACGACAUUGCUGAGCAAAUCUCUAAAGCAUCUAAAUUACUGCCGUACAGCCUUACAAAGAUGCCCGAAGUCUAUGGCCAUAUGGUUCAUGUCACUGGUAAAACCUCAGUAUUGGCUGCGCAUGGUGAGGACUGGAAGCGCCUUCGAAGGCGGUUUAAUCCAGGGUUUGCUCAUCAGCACUUGAUAACAUUUUUGCCCAGGAUCCUCGAGAAGUCAUCGGUUUUUCUCAACCAUCUCAACACUUUGGCAGACACGGAGGACCCGUUUUCCCUUGUCCAACUUCUUGGAAAUCUAACAUUCGAUGUUAUCAGCAGUGUUGUGAUGGGAGUCGACUUCGGCGCCCAAAACACGAAUCAACCGGACGAUUUCAUCCGGAACUACCGCGCUCUGUUCCACACUUAUACAAGCGAGAAAAUGGAUCUCCCGUGGUUCUUCACACCACGUACGGAAUGGAAACGCCGUCGGCUUGCUAAGCGUUUAAGAAACACACUGAGAACUAUUGUUCAAGACGCAUUUGCUAAUCGACGAAUUGGAAUUGCCGAAUCUAGGAGCGUUCUCGCGCUGAGCCUGAAGGACCAAGAACACGCCCUGACUCGACAGGCUCUGGAUGAAGCAUGUGACCAGCUCAGUACCUUUCUAUUCGCGGGACAUGAUACUACUAGCAUCAUGCUUUCCUGGCUUUUCUACGAAUUGUCCCGUACGCCUCGUGCCCUGCAACGUUUACGGGCGGAGUUAGAUGAUGUGUUUGGCCCAGACACUGACCCUUCCAACGUUCGCGACAAACUGCUCUCCGAUGGUGGCAAGGAGCUUUUGCAGCAACUGACCUACACUGCAGCUACGGUCAAGGAAGCGCUUCGAUUGUGGCCACCUGCCGGCACCGCCCGGAUGGUAGAACCAGGAACCGGAUUCAAGGUACAGACAUCGACUGGCGAAUACCUGCUGGAUGGAGUGUGCGUCUAUAAUUGCGCCAUUAUGAUCCAGCGUGACCCUGACGUGUAUGGAGAUACGGCCGACGACUUUCUGCCAGAGCGUUGGUUGGGCGAUGCGGCUGAACAGAUCCCAGCCACGGCCUGGCGUGCCUUUGAGAGGGGUCCUCGGAAUUGUAUCGGCCAAGACCUUGCGAGCAUCGAGUCACGCAUUGUUAUUGCACUUGUUGCACGGCGAUUUGAAUUUGUGAAGGUUGGAACUGGGGAGUCAAUUCUCGAUGAGGGGGGCAAGCCGAUCCUAGACUCCAAGGGACGAGUCAAAGUGGCUUCGGAUAUGUACCCAACAAGGCAGGUGACACCUAAGCCAGUCGAUGGAAUGAUGAUGAGGGUGAAAAUAAGGGACACAGACUUGACCGAAAUAGGCAUCUUUUGGAGCCUCUUCAUUCUGUCUUCAUUCCAAGCUGUCAAUGUGGAAGUCGAAACGUAG